GCCUCUUCCGGCCGCGGACGCCUGCGCACUGGGUGCUGCCCGCCGGCUAGAGAAACAUACCAACCGCUGGACGGAGGGGGACGCGGCGCCUCGUCGGGCUGUCGCUCCCGGAAGGACCCCUUGCGCCCCGGAACUUGGACUGCUCUCCGCCCAGGCUCUGUGGGGCCCUUGGUGCCUCCUGAUUCCAGUACAUCCAGGGCUGACUCUGCACCGUGUCCACCUCGCUGUCAUCCUGAUGUGCAUCAGUGAAGAGGAAGGGGGGACCUUACUGUGGGAGCCAGGAAUUGCCCGAGAUUCCAGGCAUGCCUGGGGACCUUUCAGGAGCUAAGGUUCCUGAAGCAGCAGCCUGAGUGAGCAGAUUGGACGGGCCUGGUUUCAGUUCUUGGGAGCCAUGAAGCCUUGCACCAGCGCUGGUGCUCCGCUGUGCUGCUGACCUGCAUGUGGCCACCCUGGGUUUCUGUUUCUUCAGUCAGAGUCAGAGCAGAGGGACCCACCAGCCUUCGAGGGGGGUGUUGGAAACAGGCGUUGGGCACGGGCCCAGGCAGAGUUGAGGGCCAACCCCUUGAGGCGAGCAGCCCGCUGACCGCCACCAGCACCCACAACCCUGUGACGGAACUGCCAGCCACCUGGCCCCCACGUCUCAUGGAGCCUCGGGGCGAGAAGCCUGGAGAGGCCGACGGGGUGCGCGUCACGCCCCAACUGCUCAAGUCACGCUCGGGCGAGUUCGCCCUGGAGUCCAUCCUGCUGCUGAAGCUGCGGGGCCUGGGGCUGGUGGACCUGGGCUGCCUGGGCGAGUGCCUGGGCCUCGAGUGGCUGGACCUGUCGGGCAACGCACUCACCCAGCUGGGCCCACUGGCCUCCCUGCGCCAGCUGACCGUGCUCAACGUCGCCAACAACCGGCUAACGGCUCUGGAGCCCCUGGCUGCCUGCGAGAACCUGCAGCGCCUCAACGCCGCGGGCAACCUGCUGGCUGGCCCCGGGCAGCUGCAGUGUCUGGCCGGCCUGCGGGGCCUCGAGUGCCUGCGGCUGCGGGACCCCUUGGCCCGGCUCAGCAACCCAAUCUGCGCCAGCCCCUCCUACUGGGCCUCUGUCCGGGAGCUGCUGCCGGGCCUCAAGGUCAUCGACGGCGAGCGUGUGAGCGGCCGAGGCAGUGACUUCUACCAGCUGUGCCGGGACCUGGACAGCUCCUUGCGUCCCAGCUCCAGCCCUGGGUCCCGAGCCCUGGAGGCCCAGCCCUGGGUGGAGCCAGGCUACUGGGAGUCCUGGCCACCACGCAGCAGCUCCAUCCUGGAGGAGGCCUGCCGGCAGUUCCAGGACACACUGCAGGAAUGCCAAGACCUGGACCGCCAGGCUAGCGACAGCCUAGCUCGGGCCGAGCAGGCGCUCAGCCCCGCAGGCACCACUGCGUCCUUUGUCUUUUGACUGCGCCCCCUGCCGUGGCCCGGGGCAGCCUGGCAUGUGGCUGUGGGGUUGGCACAUUGUGACCCCCCCCUCCCGCCCAUGGGUCCCUUCCUGCCUCUGUGCUUGUUGUUAUGGUUUCAUCACGCUGGCCUCUGGCAAAGCAGGGGACUGUGCUCUUACGUCCCCGUCCCUAAGAGCAGCCCCCUCCGCUACUCCACCGCAAGGAAAAGUGCCCACCUCCGUCCACAGGCAUCAGGGACACACCUCCUGGGAGGCCUGGAGCAGGUAUCAGGGCCUCAGGCCCUCCUCAAGCAGCUGGCGCCAUCCGAGGCUGUCCUGCCACCUACUCAGAGUGCCCGGGAAGAGGCCCCUUGCCUCCUGUGUCCACAGCUGCUGCCAUUCCUGCCCCUGUGAGUCUGAGACCUGGUGGAAGGAAGUUGCUUCUUCCUAAGACGGGGAUGGCCAGCCUUCCGGCAGAGCUCAGCGAGAAGGCCAUGGUUUCCUGCCUUCCAGAGUCGCCCGUCCAAGUGAUUGCUCUGCCCCACAGCCCGGCGGGGCCUUCACCAUCCAUCCCCCCUGCGCCGCUGAUCCCUAGUAAACUCCUGAUGUUAAUUGC